AUGACCAGCAUUCACAAGGCCAACCCCGAAAACAACAACAAGCAGGGUUUCCAUCCCUCUGCCGGUAACUCGGCCCCUCUGACCGACAAGGGUCACCAGCCCGGCCGUAAAGUCGCCCCCCAGGACUUCGCUCCCGAGAACGAGCCCAAGGUGUUCCCUCCUGGAACCGCACCUGCCAGCAACUCCUACACCCCCAACCCCGUCAACGAGCCCGGUAGCCAGGCCUUGAACCCCAAUAUGGAGCGUGGCCAUGGCAAGGAGUCGGUGAAGACCAAGGCUAGUGACACCUUGAUGGGAGCCACUUCCCAGGACGUUCACACGGGUCUGGGACAACCCCUAUCUGGACAGACCAGCACCGAGAUUCGCCACGAUGGCCAGCACGGUCGCAAGAACCCCGGCAGUGGUCUCGAAGGCGUUGGUGCCUCCCUGGAGGGCAACUUUGAGCGUACCAUCCCUAGCCAGCGUGGCCUUGACCGAGAUCAGGCCAAGCCCAACCAGCGUGGCGACAAGGGUGCCCUCGCUGCUGAGGAUAGAGAGCCUGAGAGCGCCAGGACUCUGGACAAAGAUUGGAACUACGAGCCCCAGACUCAGAGACAACGAUUCCAGUCAUAA